AAAUUUUUGUUUUGCCAUAUCAAUAAGAAUAUGCUAGCCUGGUAGUUUGAUUUUUGAAAAGAGAAAAAUAGAUUUGAAAGCAAAAAAAAUGGCUGCACCUGCAGUGCUUCUCCUUCUCCUUGCAGUAUUGGUGCCUCCUUCGUCAUGCCUCGACUUCAUCUUCAACUCCUUCCCUGCCGCCGCCGCCACCAACUUCACCUUCAUAAACCACGCCCGCAUCGACCCUCCCGUCAUCCGCUUCACCAACGACUCCGAGGACUACUCAAUUGGCCGCGCCUUCCUCCCUUUCACCAUCCCCUUUCGCCCUCUCAAUUCCACUAACCUCACCACCUCAUUUUCCACCCAAUUCGUCUUCUCUAUUUUGCCCCAAAUCCCCGACAGCCCCGGCUUCGGCCUCGCCUUCGUCCUCUCCAACACCACCACCCCUCCCCGCGUCGUCAACGGCCAGUACUUCGGCCUCUUCUCCUCGCCUCCCCGCACAGUCGCCCCGCUCCUCGCCGUCGAAUUCGACACCGGCCGGAACACGGAGUUCAACGAGGACAACGGGAACCACGUCGGCGUUGAUUUGAACAGCGUUUUGUCCGAGACUACGCAAUUGGCUGGGUAUUACGAUUCCGCCUCCCAAUUUGUGGAAGUUGAUAUGAGAAAUGGGCAGAAUAUUCACGCUUGGAUUGAAUUCGAUGGACCGGGAAAUGAAAUCAAUGUCACAAUUGCUCCCGCUGGAAUUCCCCGCCCGGCUAGGGUUUUGCUCAAUUACAAGAGCUCCGCGGUUUCGGACUACAUCGCACCGGAGAUGUUUGUUGGAUUUUCAGCUUCGAAAACGGAGUGGGUUGAGGUGCAGAGGCUCUUAGCUUGGAGUUUUAGUGACGAAGGAAUUGCUAGGGAUAUCAAUACCACCAGUUUACCGGUUUUCCGCCCAGUUAACUUGGGGGGAUCUUCGCUGUCUAAAGGGGGAGUUGCCGGGAUCGCGGUGGGGUGUGUGGCGGCGGUGGUGGCUGCAGCAUUAUUGGUUUCUUGGAUUUGGUGGAAAAAGAGGGGAAAUUUGGAAGAAGAUGAUGAAAUUGAGGAUUGGGAGAUGGAGUAUUGGCCCCAUAAGUAUUCUUACGAGGAGCUCAGCAUGGCUACGAAGCAGUUUUCGAGCCAGGAACUCCUCGGAUCGGGUGGUUUUGGGAAGGUUUACAAAGCUACAUUGGGUGGAGACAACACAGAGAUGGCGGUGAAGUGUGUGAACCAUGACUCGAAGCAGGGGUUUAGGGAGUUCAUGGCCGAGAUAUCGAGCAUCGGGAGGCUGCAGCACAAGAAUCUAGUGCAAUUGAAAGGGUGGUGUAAAAAGGGGAAUGAGCUAAUGCUUGUGUAUGACUUCAUGCCUAAUGGAAGCCUCAACAAUUGGAUCUUUGACAAGCCGAAGAAGUUGCUGAGUUGGGAGGGGAGGAAGAGGGUUCUUGCAGAUGUUGCCGAAGGGUUAAGCUACCUUCAUCAUGGCUGGGAUCAGGUGGUGGUUCACAGAGACAUUAAGUCGAGCAACGUGUUGCUCGACAAUGAUCUGCGUGGGAGGCUAGGCGAUUUUGGAUUAGCGAAACUGUACACUCAUGGUCAGGUGCCUAGCACAACUCGGGUUGUGGGGACAUUGGGGUACUUGGCGCCCGAGGUGGUGACAUUGGCUUCCCCGACUGCAGCUAGUGAUGUUUAUAGCUUUGGUAUUGUGGUCUUGGAGGUAGCGUGUGGGCGGAAGCCUAUUGAGACGAGGGUGGAGAAUGAGGAUGAGGAGGUGUUGAUAGAUUGGGUGAGAAAUAAAUAUGUAGAAGGGAGGAUCUUGGAGGUGGCAGACGGGAGGAUUGAAGGGGAGUACGAGGUGGGGGAGAUGGAGGCUGUGUUGAAGCUGGGGUUGUCGUGUUGCCACCCUGAUCCUAACCGGAGGCCUACUAUGAAGGAGGUGACAGCGAUUUUGUUGGGCGAACACGUGGAAAUGGAGCCAAGGGAUAUGCUGUCGGGAUUGACUCCCGUGCAGAGCAUCAUUGAUAGAGAUGAAGAUGGAAAUGAGCAAGAAAAAGGGUUCCUGGCCCAAGAUGUGGUGUGAAGGGCGAUGGCCAUUAUAGCCGCGAAUAUGAUUGCUAUGGCAAAGGAGCAAACAAGGAGGAGAUCAGUUUGUGAUGGGGGAUUCUUCUGAACUGCUGCCGGUGUUAUAACAAAAUGGUUGAAAACAACAAGGGAG